AAUAUUGGAUGUGGCUCCUUCAUAUGAAGUCAACACCAUCACUAGUUAAAAUAAUCUUAAACCAUAUUCUUUGUCAAAACAUGGGACAAAGUGUGUUGGAAGCCUUGAACGUGCGAGUGGUGGGCUCUGGCGAGGAAAUCCUCGUCUUUGCCCAUGACUUUGGCAGUGAUCAAUCGGCAUGGCAGCGCAUUCUUCCCUUUUUCUUGCGAGACUACCGCGUCGUCCUCUAUGACCUCGUCUGUGCUGGUAGUGUAAACUCGGAUUUCUUCGAUUUUAGUCGUUACUCGACCCUUGAUGCGCAUGUUGAUGACCUCCUCCACAUCCUAGAUGCCCUCGGGGUUGACCGGUGCUCCCAUGUCGGCCACUCCGUCUCGGCCGUGAUCGGGAUUCUCGCCGCCAUUAAACGCCCUGAGCUCUUUACUAAGCUUAUCCUCAUCGGUACCUCUCCAAGGUUCUUGAAUGACAUAGACUACCACGGUGGAUUCGAAUACGGUGAAAUUGAGGCGGUGUUCUCGGCAAUGGAGGCCAAUUACGAGGCGUGGGUCAACGGCUUUGCACCGCUGGCGGUGGGGGCGGAUGUUCCGGUGGCAGUUCAAGAAUUUAGCCGUACUUUGUUCAAUACGAGACCAGACAUAUCGUUAUUCGUAUCUCGCACCGCAUUUAACAGUGAUCUAAGAGGUGUUCUAGGCCUUGUAAAAGUGCCAUGUUCGAUAAUUCAAACAAUCGAGGAUGUCUCCGUCCCAAUGUCAGUGGCGAUGUACCUGAAGAACCACCUCGGGGGGCGGAGCACGGUGCACAUGUUGAACGUGGAGGGGCAUUUGCCACACCUGAGUGCACCCAAUUUGUUUGCCCAAGAACUCCGGCGAGCUCUAUCCCGGUGAGGUGAAGUUGGUCCAUAAGGGAAUGAAUAUGUUGUGGACAUGCUGAUUAUCUAGCAUUUGGUUUUUUGAGAUUAUCUUAUUCUCUCAGAAAAGGAAUAAGAAUCUUCACGUGACUUUCACGUGAUGACGUGUUGCCUUUCUCCUUUUUUUGUUAUUUAUUUCUCUACCUUUCUCUCCUCCUUAAGAGCAUAAUUUGGCAAAGUAGAAAUGCAAAGAAAUGGAAUUUGUAUUCUUUUUCUUUGUUUGUGUUCUAUAUACAUCGUUUUAUCUUGUGUGGGAAGAGAUUAAAGUUGUGCUAACUUUAAUAUUGUUUAUCAAGUUGACAUGCUCAAUUAAAGCAUGGUUACUUGAGUUAGUGCCUU